UUUGCACAGCAGAACGUGUCGCGAGGCUAUUCUAUUUUAUUGCAUAAUUUUAUCUGAAUUAAAGACAGUUUUUGUAUCUUUACAAAAUGCGUAUGAAAGUGCCAGAAGUGAAACGAUGCUGUUGCUGUGUUCCUUUGCGACAUGGAAUUAUUUUGUUUGGGUUAAUUAAUAUAAUAUUCUCAAUGCUAGCAGUAACCAGUCUCGUCAUUACAACUGAGUUGAAGAAAUCGCAAUUAAUCGAUGGGUCUUCUUUAGAAGUGGUGACUUCUACCAUUUUGUUCAGCAUCUUCGGAAUGAGUGUCAUUCUGAAUAUAAUGCUCCUGUUCGCGGGUUGUCAGAAAGACGUGUUGAUGCUGCGACUGUACUUGUACUACGGGGUGGUGACCACAUUGGCGGCUCUGGUGCCCACAUUCAUUCUGGUGUCCCGGAUGAUGACGUACGAUGUGUGCUUGGCUUUGUUUGCGAUAUGUAUGCAAUGGUACGUCAUCAUUCUGGUACGGAGCGAGAUUGUGAAGUUGGAGCAAGCGAGUUUGAGGGCAGAGGAGAGCAGCCUAGUACAUGAAGUUACCAUUGACGUGCCUGACAGAGACACCUUGCUUUAAAUCGUGGGUGCCCGCGGGACUAAAGUCGUGACUUACUC